AUGGCACAACUUAUGUCUUAUCUAAGUACAAUUAAUAAUGAGCUUAAAUUAAAAGUACAAGAAUUACGUUUCUAUGAAACUAUUUUUAUGCAAAGUAUUCAUAUUGUCAAAUCUCUUACAAAUAAUACACCGACAUCUGAUGUUAAUAAAUUAGAUGAAACAACAUGUAUAUUGAGUAUUCCUUGUGAUGCAUUUAUACAAACAUUUGUUGAAUGUGUUAAAUUAGCAACUGAUAAUUCAAAUGAAUCAUCUCUUCUUUUAUCUGCAAAUUCAAAUAAUACAUCACAAAUCAACAAACGAAUUUUAUUCAAUAAAGUAUUGUUACUUGUUUAA